AUGUCGCUCAACGAGAAUGACCUGUCGCAGCUCCGCGCUUCGCUCCAAGAUGCCGUUGUGAAGUGCUCCGAGCGGGCGGCAGAGCUCCUCAAUUCCAUACCCGAGACCUCGACCGAUGCCGACGUCGCCGAUGCCGAUGGGCAAUAUGUCCCGACCGUCUUCACGCCCAACGCCGACCCGGAGGAGGCUCUGCUUGAGGCCAGGGAGAUUAACAAAUACCUGCUGGCCAAGGCGCUGUUCGACUCGAGAGAGUUUGACCGCUGCGCCGCGGUAUUCCUUCCGGAUGCUGUGCUUUCGGGCAAGAUGAACGCCAAGGCUGAGGGGACACCGAAGGGAAAGGGAAAGACAAGAGAAGACAAGGCGUUCAGCAGCACCGAGGUCCCGAGGUUGAGCCAGAAGAGCUUGUUCCUUGCCCUGUACGCAAAGGUCAUGUCCGGGGAGAAACGCAAGGACGAAGACUCCGAAAUGGUGAUGGGACCGCAGGAUCUGGGCAACGUGGUCAACAAGCAGCUGAAUGCUGUCAGCCGGUUUCUCAGCAAUUGGUUCGACGAGAGGACGACGGAUGACGGAGAGGUGCUUGGCAGCCAGGGCUGGCUGGAAUACCUGUAUGGAAUGGUGCUUGCGAAGGAGAAGAACGAGGAUAAGGCCAUGGACUUCUUCAUUCGCAGUGUCCAUCUGUAUCCCAUGAAUUGGGGCUGCUGGCUCGAAAUGACCUCCCUGAUUUCACGGCUCGACGACUUGAGUCGUAUAUCAGCUCAUCUUCCUCAAAACAUCGUCUCCUUUAUUUUUCAUCUCCACACAUCCCUCGAGCUAUACCAGCAAAGUCCUGAGCUCGCAAACUCUCUGGAUCAGUUGCUGAACAUCUUCCCGACCUCGUCAUUCCUACUCACAUGCAAUGCCCUCCUUUCAUAUCACGCCAAAGAUCUUGUGGCAGCCGAGCAACACUUCAGUCGACUGUUGUCACUACACCCUCACAGGCUGGAUUCGCUGGAUCACUAUUCCAAUAUCCUCUACGUCAUGAACAUGAGACCGAAGCUUGCGUUCCUUGCACAUUUGUGUUCCAGCAUCGACAAGUUCCGCCCAGAGUCCUGUGUAGUAGUGGGCAACUACUACUCACUGCUUUCAAUGCACGAGAAAGCAGUACAGUACUUCCGUCGAGCCCUUACACUUGACCGGACUUGCCUGUCUGCAUGGACGCUCAUGGGCCAUGAGUAUGUGGAGCUGAAGAACACCCAUGCAGCGAUCGAAUCAUACCGACGCGCAGUCGAUGUCAACCGCCGGGACUACCGAGCUUGGUACGGCCUCGGGCAGACAUACGAGAUGCUCGAGAUGCACACCUAUAGUCUGUGGUACUACAAAAAGGCGGCUGGACUCAGGCCCUGGGACGGCAAGAUGUGGAUGGCGGUCGGCUCUUGUCUACAAAAGAUGGGACGCGACCAGGACGGCAUCAAGGCUCUGAAGAGAGCCCUGCUCGCGGAUGCCUACUACGAUGUUGGAAGCAGCUUCGGCAGUGGAGGAGACUUACUCAGCGGCCGGGGUGCCACGGGACAACUGGACCCAGAGGUGCUGUACCAGAUUGCGAUGAUGUAUGACCAGCUAGGCGAGCUCGAGGAGGCUAAAGCGUACAUGGAGCUGUGUCUCGCGCAAGAGGGUGGUGAGGUCGCUGCAGAGAACAAUCUGGGUGAUUCGAUUGCUAUUCACAACGACUCUCCCGGCGCUUCUGACGACGAAGGCAACGGAGAAGGCCGCGGAGACGGCGGACAUGAGGGAACGGGCGUCACUGCCUCGACGAGCAGGGCGCGGAUGUGGCUGGCAAAGCAUGCCAUGGCAAGCCAUGACUUCAUGACGGCCAAUCGGCUUGCCACGGAGCUCACCCAGGACGGGUACGAGGUUGAGGAGGCGAAGGGCUUGGUCAGGGAAGCAAAGGCGAGGCUACGUAACGCGGGAGUAGGUCUUAGCCCAUGA